CAGAUCAUGCAAAUCCAAGUAAGGUCCCUACACCAAAACCACUCUUGAUGGCUGCCUUCUCUCAUUUCCAGAGAGAGGAAAAAUCAGAAAAACCAGAGAGUGCUGUGCCAAAAAUUACAUUUAAACUUGGGUCAGGAUCUUCAUGUCCUCCGUCACCUGAUGAAAGUCAACACAGGAAGAUUGUGAUAAAAUCUUUCGCAAAGAAUCAAGAUGAUGAUGAAGAAGAAGACAGUGAGAAAGAGCAGCAGUGCUCUAGUACAGAAGAACCUGUCAAACGUGAACCUUCUCCUGAACUGGCUCGUAUCUCUGCCCUGAUCACAAGGCCGCCGAAAACCAAGCCUUCAAAGUCAAACCCUGAGAAGUGUGAGGAUAGUGACUCUCCCUUAGAAUGUGGGCUGAAGCCUGCAGAGAGUGGACAACCUACCCCUGCCCUGAAGACGAUUGCGAGUGGACCUUUGCAGGAUAAUGAUGGCAACAAAGUAUGGAUAUGCCCUGCAUGUGGUGGUCAAGAUGAUGGCAGCCCAAUGAUCGGCUGUGAUGACUGUGAUGCAUGGUAUCACUGGGUAUGUGUGGGCAUUCAAGUUCCUCCAGAUGAAAAUGAAGACUGGUACUGCCGUGUAUGCAUUGUCAGGAAGCAGGAGAAUAUUGUUGACAAAAAGAAGAAAUCUAGAAAGAAAAAAGUUGUCCCAUGAAGUGAAGGUGUGAAGUUUCAGACUGUUUAUGGAUCAGAAAAGAUUGCUCAGCUGGUGAAGAUGAUUUAGAACUAGCAAGUGAACACAAAGCUCAGAAUCUGAAAAUUCUCCUCUCUCCUUCCCUCCUCUCCCUCUCCCAUUUCCAUUCCCAUUCCCACUCCCUGUACCUCUCCCUAUCUAUCUGAGAUACUGAUGUAGACAUUUUUCUAAACAUUCGUGUUGCAGAAAGUUGCAUUUGUGAUUUCUAACAAACCUAUUUGGGUGUAUGUCAGAGUCAUCAUGGGUAACCAAAUAUCCAUUAAGCAUUCAGUGAAAAAAUCUAUUUAUGAUACAUGGACCAGAAA